AUGACUCCAUCAUCGGAUUCGGGCUCUCGCGAGACGAGCUAUGUCGAAAUGCGUGACAGGACUGACGCGACCUUGGUCGGCAAGCACUGCCAAUUUGAUUACUGCAAUCAACUAGACUUCCUCCCCUUUCUGUGCCAAUCCUGCUCCAAGACAUACUGUCUCGACCACCGGACAGAGACGGCGCACAAAUGCUCGAACCCUGGAGCGUGGGCGGAACGCAGGAGGCUCGCCCAGCUCGCGCGGCCAUCCAUCGGACAGGGCAAGCUGCUGCGAGACAGAGUCUCCCAGAAGCCAUGCGCAUCGACGGACUGCAAGACCGUCGUGGGGACAUCGCUCACGCCCGGUGUUCACUGCCAGACGUGCAAGCGGGAUUACUGUCUGAAGCACCGUCUAAUGGAUGAUCACGACUGCAAAAACCUCGUUCCCAUCGGGGCGGGGCCUCUCCAGAUGGACGUCGCUCAGAAAACGAGGUCUGCCCUCGACAAGCUGCGGGCCUGGGGUAGCGCCAAGAAGGAACGGGCAGAGAGAGUUUUACCGAAACCUAAACCGAGCUCUGCAGCGGCCAGACUUGCGGCCGUCGCGAAGCUGAAGAAGACGGCAAAGGGGCGCAAGGACAUUGCUGAGGAGAAGCGAAUAUACCUCUACGUGGAGGCGGAAGCUGAAACGGCCAAAGCCAAGCUGCCCAAGGGGGAGUUCUUCUUCUCCAAAGACUGGGUCGUCGGCCGGCUGUUGGAUGAUGCCGCCCAGAACCUUCAGGUCCAGAACAUGAACAACCAAAGCUCCGAGGAACGAGAUAAACUGCGCGUCUUUCACGUCGAGGGAGGACGGUUGUUGGAGUUUGGCGAGAAGAUUGGGGCAGCCCUGCAAAGUGGCAACACGGUCAUAUUGUUGAGAGGGAUUGGGCCGCCGCCGAGCCUGAUGGAGAUGUGA